AUGGGGCAUGUUUUAGAGCUAGAGGGGAAGGUCUCCAAGCUUACUCAGAAUUUGGAGGGGAAAGAAAAGGAUGUCGCAGCUCGUGAGAAGGUGACGGUGAAAAAUUUCCAGGAAUCCGACAAUUAUCAGGAAUUGAUUGGUGGGUAUUACCUGGCAGGUUAUAAAGCUUAUAGGGCCGAGACACUGAUGAAAUUUCUCAACGUUGAUUUUAGCCUUCUCCAACUUUCUUCUAGUG